CAUUUCAAGCUACGAAAGAGAGGAGAGCAAAGGGAAGAGAGAGAAAGAGCGAAACGGACUGGCAGGCUUUGCAAUUAGCUACUCCAACCAACCGUAGAGGAAAGGGACAAAAGGGGGAAGAGGGGAAAGAGGGGUAGAAGAAUUUUAGAGUAGUUGUCGUUUGUUUAGAAUGAAAAAAAAUGGAGGAGAAGAACACGCGCAUAGUUUCCUCGUUGAAAAGGAGAGUAAAGAGAAACUAGUCAGAUUAGACGAAGUUCAAAAAGUGAAUAGUUUGGAUUAUAAUAAGAAAGGUACUGACCUUUUUGGUGCUUGGAUUCCAAAUUCAAAGAUAAGGUUGAGAAAGAUCGAACUAGGUUUGGAGAAGAGUUCUCACAGACCACAAUUUAGAGAUCUUUCCCAGUCGUUUGGCUAUAAAAGACAAAAGAAUAUAGAAGUUCCAUUUAAGCAUUUUAAAGACUCUUCCAACUAUAUUGAACAGUAUCGCAACGAUGUUACUUAUACCUCCUACGGUAUUAGGCAACAACCCACCUUCACACAUAUCCGGUGUUCAUCCCAACCUCUUGGUUCUCCUACUCUUCCCCUAUUGGAUUCUGCCGAAAAGAGUAGGCUAAAUAGCGCUGGAGAAAGACGAAUACCUCUUAAUCUGACCGUUCAACCGGGUACGCCUUCCAACGUGAUUUCUGUAAGAAAACCAAUGGGUGCGGCGUCUGGAGUAGCAGCCGCAGCAGCUAACAUAACCUCGAAUUCCUCCUCUCAUCCUCCAACAACCCAAGCGACCAGUUCAACAACUCACUCUCUGUUGACGAAAAAGACGACUUCACUCCAGUUACAGAAUAGAAAGAAUUCCGCUAGAAUGAAGACGUUCGAAUUGAUCUCUCAAUCUUUUGACAAACAGGAGGGAAUUUCUACGUUAAUCCAACAAAAGCCGAUUAGUCAUGUAGAGGCAUACUCUCCGUAUAAAGAUGAAGAUUUAAACUACCUGGACGUCUCUUUCGCUACUAUAGCGCCAUCUCUACCGCGUUUUAAAAUGCACAAGGUUUCAACUCAUGGCGACAACAGUCGGCACGGAACUACGUUCUUCAGCGUUCCUGCCGCUCCUACAAAUUCUCUUCCGCAUAUAAAUUCAGAUAGGCCAAGAGCGCUAUUUGGUAAAGAAAGAAUGAAAUUAACAAAAAUGACGGGGAACGGGAGAAAGGAUUUUUCAAGAGACGCCUAUGAAAAAAUAUUAAAACAGCAAACACUUUUACAAACUGCAGUCCAAAUUGUUUUAUUGGAGCAAGUUGAUAGAAAGGCAGUAUCCGCUGGUGAAUUUUCGGGUGGAAUAAUGCAGUUUUUGCUAACAGGAUAUGGUACGAUAAAUCAGGGAGAGCGUAUGUGAAUUUAGCCUCUCGGUUUGAACCAGUUACGGGAACUGGAUUUAGACCUUGAAAAAGGAAAUGUUCACCUGUGUGACAGAUUAAUUGAUUGACUGUCUACCCAAAUUGAAUUCUGAACUAGGAGUUGUAGAAGGAAGGACGGAAGGAAGAAAGAAAAGAGAGGAAUAAUGGACGUAAACGAUUUUGCUCAAUUAGUAUUGGAGAAUUUAUAUUUUUGUUUAUAUAAAAGGAGUCAAACAAGGAACUUUGUCUUGAAUAGAAGGAAGAAUAUUUCUAAUGAAUAGGAACAUGACUGCAAAAAAAGCCGCUUCCGCAACAAAAACUUGAAGAGACUAAAUUAAGACGCUAGUCGGAGCAGGGUCGGUUAAUGAAUGUAAUUAAAAUGACAGACAAGCAAGAAGGGAGGCAAAAGGGGAGGGUGUAGAGAGAGAGAUGCCUUCCUCAGAGGAAAAGGAAGAAGAAGAAGAAGAAGAGAAACGAUACGAACUCUGAAGGGCGUCAAUUUGAUUUGAAUGAAUGUGUUUUGCCAGUUUUGAAUAUACACUUUUUUCUAACGAAACAACUGCAAAUAAAAGAAAGCUAAAAGAUGAAUUUCUAUAUAAAACUUAUAUAAUAAAUGUAUAUUAUAUAUAAAUAUUGCUUUAAUAUAUUAAUAUAAUGAAAUAAAAAGGAAUAUAUGACUGAUUGAUUGAUUGAUUAGUUAAUUCAUUCAUUCUAUUAUAACAUAAAAGAAACGUUAUUCAUUUGUUCUUUGUAUAUUUCCUCCUAUUUUUGUUUCUUGUUCUUUUAAAUCAUUUCUAUUUAUAUGGCAUUAAACAAUUGACAAUUGGGAAUUUUUCCUUUUAAAACAAUCUUUAUACAAACACAACAAAGAAAAGAAAACUAUUAUCAUUCGUAUCUCUCUUAUCAUAAUUUCUCUUUUUCACCUUAUUAAUUAACGAUUAUGUUAGCAAUAUAGGCAUAUACAUAUAUUCUUUCCUUUGGCUCUUUCAGCUUUAUUGCUUUCAUCUUCGUUAUACAAGAGAGAGAGAGAGAGAGAGAAUGAAAAAUACUUGUACACAUAAUUUUAUUUAUUAUCUUAUUGAGCUACUAGUUACUGAUGCUCUGCGUUUUGUUUCCUUUUUUUGUCUCUUUUCUUUCUUUUUCUUUAUUUUUUUUUAAAGAUAAAUGGAACGCGUAAAGCACCGCAAAAAAAAGAAUAAAACAAAAUAUAGAAGUUUUCUGUUACAAUGAAAAUAAUUAACAUAUAAAUCAGUACGAGAAGGAAGGAAGAGAGACGGAGAGAAGAGGGAAGUGAGGGAGAGAGAGAGAGAGAGAGAGAG